CCCUUCGAAUCGCCUUCCUGCUCCCCUUCCUCUGCUUCCUCCUGCGUUUACUUUCUCCCCUUCUCCUAGCGUACUCCAUCCGCCUCGAAUCGUCGGCAAGCUAGGCUGCCAUGGAGGAGACCGCCGGCGGCGGCGGCGGGGAGCGCCACGCAAGGCUGAUCCGCGACCUGUGCGCGCUGCUGGCCGCCAUAAUCUCCCCCGCCUCGUCCGGGCCGCGGGUGGGUCGUCACGGCAUGUCGCCCGCGGCGGCGGCAGCGAUGCUCCUGGGCGCGUCCAUGGCGCUGAUGCUGUGCGGCUCCGUGACGUUCGCCAUCGGCUUCCUCCUCAUGCCCUGGGUCGCGGGGGUCGCCAUCCUCUUCGGCUUCGCCGGCGCCGUCUCCAAUCUCUCCUCCGGCCUCCUCCCUUCGUCCUCAUCGUCCAAGGCGCCGCCGCGUAGCCGGAUCCGUUCUCCUGCUCCGGAUAAGCUCGUCGCGUGGCGUUAAUGGAUCGAUCAGUUCUUGUUCCGGCCGGGAUUAUUAUUUAAUUAAAUUAGCUGAUCCCUUUGUAAAAAAAAAAACGCCUCCUGCUUUCGCUUUACGUUGUUGUACGCCUGCUGCUCUCAAUCUCAAGUCCCUGGAGAUGCUGCGGAUUAUCGCGCAGCAAUUAUUAUUAUGUCGUUUCGAAUCGAGAAUUUGAAUUUGAGCACGGAUGGGCA